AUGCGUCUCUCAUCAUCCGCCGUCCUUCUCGCCAUUCUCACUUUGCUGUACUUCGUCAAAGCGGCUCCCCUCGGCGCAGUGUCCAUCGCCACGGCUCAGGGGCUGUUCACGACUGUGAGGACCUCUAUGUUAGCCACACCAACUACCGGAGCUAUAGCAGGGACCAGCACCCGCCACAGCGGAGCAAAGAUAUCACUGGUUGUAAGGCAAGAGGACGCCUUCCAUACCCCCGACGCUAAAUCGGAGGAGGAUUCUACGCUUUAUCCUCGCCCUGCCCCGGUGCUUCCUACCUCGCUACCAAUGGUGACCACGGUCAUGAGCCUGACGGGGCCCCUUUCCAUUAGUUGGUGCCCUUGGUGUGGUAUUGGUCCUGUGAUGCCCACUCAACCAGUACCAACAACUUUGACUUCGUCUGCACACCCAGAGCCCACCGCCGCCGACCGAACUGAAAAUGAGUGGGAAAUGUCGACGGAAUCCUCCAGCAGCCCCCCAAUCGACAGCUUCCGGACCCAUGUCCUGCCGAGUCACGAGCGCAAUCACACAUUGGCCAUCAGGGAAGCCGCCACACAGAGGGCAUAUCCAAACGGCCAUCCCGACAAGGGCGUCCGGCGGUGUCCCCAUGGUCAACACGCGCGACUGAAACCGGGUGUGGGCCCAUUCGUGCCGAAUGGGUGCGGGGUGGGGAUCUUGGCCGGGAUGAUACCUGGAAGUGGGAAGUUCCGACAGUGCUGUUUCGACCAUGAUAUCUGUUUUGCCGAAUGCCCCACGGACGACCUCCUGCAAUGCAACGACGCAUUCCUGCAGUGCAUGACCGAAGUGUGCGAGCACCGGGGCGACGGCCUUAUUGGGUAUGCGAAGAAGGUGUGGUGCUGGAUCGAGCGGAACAUGUACGACGAGGCGGUCAGGGGCAAGAUGGUGCAAGACCAUUUCAUGGAUAUGACGAGAGACCGGUGUUUUUGUGUCGAGGACGGGACAGAUCCUAUGCACCUAGGAAAUGGGACGUAUUAG